AUGGCCUUUAAGACAGUUUUGCUGCUCCAAACAGCUGCUGUAGCAAUUGGGCAGCCAACAAACUAUGAGGCCAGCUCCUUGCAGCCGCAAAUCACCUCCGUGAACCACCAAAUAGCGGCUGGAAUUGCCACACCACUUGAGGCCGCACCAAGCCACUGCUCUGUGGCCUCCUCCGUCCUGCAACAACAAGGGCUAGGCGCCAACACUGCCACCUAUGACGGUGCCACCAUUCUUGGCUACCUCAACGCCUUCUCAGGCCAUUCCCCGAUCUUGGAGAAAAUCCAUUCGCUCCCUCCUUUGCAAGCACACUUGACGUAUGCACCCAUGUACACAUCUAAUGGAGCCCUAACCCAUAUGCCAUUGGGCCCGAUCCACACCUCUCUUCCCGACCCGCUCAGUCAAGUGGGCCUUAACUCGCGAUUCGAUCAACUCACAUGGAGGGCCGACGACCAAAACAAUCUAAUUGGCCAAUUACUCAGGCAUAUCAACUUGAAUCAAGGCCCCAACCUUGGAUCCCAUGACAAGGAGAAAAGGAUCCACGAGCAUAACUGCGAGCAUUUUGAGAGAUCCCAAACUGGUCGAACAAAGACAAACAGGCAGGGGAGAUAA